AUGAAGCUGAACUCCAAGACCCUGGUGAUGCGGUACAAUGCGCAGCACGUAAUCCCCGCCAUUGCAAAGCGCUACCUCUCCUCUCCCUUCCAUCCGAUCCGGCCCAAGAUCGCGCACAUGUACGCCCACCGGGACCGGAACACGUUAUGGUGGCAGGUGUCCAUAGUACAGCUUCUGGAGUACAAGGGGGUGGUGCGCUCGUGGAGCCGCCGGCGAGCUCGCACUGCGUUCCGGAACGCACUGAGGAAGCAGGGGUUUGAUCCGGACGGCAAGCGGACGGCGGAGGGUCUGCUUCGUUAUGAGCAGGACCUGACGGGCUCGCUUGAUAUCCACCCUCGUCCGCAGAGCGUCUUGAGUAGCUUUGAGGAUGUUCAGCGAGAUGCCGAUUCUCUUCUCGAGAGGAUCUUGAGGCAGUGGGCGAGUGGCACGAAAAGCGCAAGUGGCAGGCAUGCGAGUGUCUCUUCAUCUUCAGACAAUCCAUGA